CUCCUGCUCAGUCGGUGGGGAGUUGCGGAAAGGAGGGAGAGGGGAGAGACCCUCACCGAGUGCUCAGGCCGAGCGGAGAGCGGCCGCCGGGAGGGGCUGAGGCGGCGAUGAACAACUCUCUGUCUCUCCGCCCCUCGCUCAACAUGGCGCAAAACUGCGGUGCGGAUGAGCAGCGGAGCGGGCGCUGAGCUGAGAGCGGAGCCGGGCGAGCCAUGUCCCGCUGGACGCCGAGCCGCCGGGACAAGUACGGGGUCGCUAUUUACAACUACGAUGCCUCCCAAGAGCAGGAACUAUCACUCCAGGUGGGAGACACAGUGCACAUCCUGGAAACCUGCGAAGGUUGGUACAGGGGAUAUUGUCUUCGGAACAAAUCAAAGAAGGGUGUCUUUCCUGCAUCCUACAUCCAUUUGAAGGAGACGACGGUGGAAGGAGGAGGGCAAGACGAGACGGUCAUAUCCAACGAACUACCAUUGGUCCAAGAACUUACCAUGACCCUGAGAGAAUGGGCAGUCAUCUGGCACAAACUAUACCUGAAUGGCAACAAGGCCCUGUUCCAACACGUGCAACAGAUGACGUACUGCCUGAUGGAGUGGCACUCCCAGAUCAUCUCUGGAACACUCCCGAAGGACGAGCUCUUGGAACUGAAGAGGAAGGUCAUUGCCAAGAUCGACUAUGGGAACAGAAUCCUCGGCCUAGACCUGGUGGUACGAGAUGAAGACGGCAACGUUCUCGACCCCGAUCAGACCAGCACCAUCACACUCUUCAAGGCUCAUGAGUCUAUUUCCCGAGGAAUCGAUGAGCGAAUCCAGGAGGAGAAGUCCAGAAUCCACAGCAUGGAGGUGAGGCGCCAGUCCAUAUUCAGCAGCACCCACACCUACAGCCUCUACGUCAACCUGAAGAACUUCGUGUGUAACAUCGGUGAGGACGCCGAGCUGCUGAUGUCACUGUACGACCCCGUUCAGUCGGAGUUCAUCAGUGAAAACUAUCUGGUGCGGUGGAGCAGAACAGGAGUGCCAAAGGAGAUCGAGCGGCUCAACAAACUGGAGGCACUUUUCACUGACCUCAGCAGCAGCGACCUGAUCCGACUGAAGAUCAGCCUGGUGUGUCAGAUCGUCCGAGUCGGACACAUGGAACUGAAAGAGGGCAAAAAGCACACGUGCGGUCUCCGCCGACCCUUCGGGGUGGCAGUCAUGGACAUUACAGACAUGAUCGGUGGGAGGAUUGACGACGAGGAGAAGCAGCACUUUAUUCCCUUCCAACAGAUCGCGAUGGAGACGUACAUCCGCCAGAGGCAGCUCAUCAUGUCGCCUCUGCUGACUUCCAGAGUGAUCGGCGAGAACGAGCCCUUGACCUCCGUUUUUAACAAAGUUAUUGCCGCCAAAGAGGUCAACCACAAAGGCCAAGGCCUCUGGGUCUCGAUGAAGCUCCUUCCUGGUGACAUCCAGCAGGUCCACAAGGACUUCCCACACUUGGUUGACAGGUCGACGGCAGUGGUCCGGAAAAUGGGAUUCCCGGAAAUCGUCCUUCCAGGUGACGUCCGAAAUGAUAUCUACAUCACCCUGGUGCAAGGGGAAUUCGAUAAGGGGAAGAAGAAAACGCCAAAGAACGUCGAGGUGACCAUGGGGGUGUACGACGAGGAUGGUAAUCGGAUCGAGAAGGCCAUCUUCCCGGGAGCAGGCUACGAGGGAAUUUCAGAAUACAAGUCGGUUAUCUACUACCAGCUGAAGCAGCCAUUUUGGUACGAGACGGUGAAGGUGGCCAUUGCGAUCGAAGACGUCCACCACUGUCACCUGCGCUUCACCUUCCGGCACCGCUCUUCGCAGGAGUCGAAAGACAAGUCCGAGAAGCUCUUUGGGAUGGCGUUCGUGAAGUUAAUGAAGUCUGAUGGUACCACACUCCGCGACGGAAAGCAUGACUUGAUCGUCUUUAAGGGCGAUACCAAGAAGGCAGAGGACGCCAAGUGUUACCUCACCCUGCCCGGGACUAAGGAGGAACAGGAGGAGCGAGAGAACCAGCUCGGGAAAGGGCCACAUCAUUCCUACGGCUUAUCUGUCCUCAAGGACAGUUUCCAGAUCUCCACCCUUGUCUGCUCAACGAAGCUUACCCAGAACGUUGACUUGCUGGGUCUGCUGAACUGGCGAAGCAGUCACCAGAGCAUCGAGCAGAACCUGAGGCGCCUGAUGGAAGUGGAUGGGAGUGAGAUUGUCAAGUUCCUACAGGACACGCUGGAUGCCCUCUUCAAUAUAAUGAUGGAGAUGUCAGAGAGCGAAGCCUAUGACUUCCUGGUCUUUGACGCCCUGGUUUUUAUCAUCUCCCUGAUCGGAGACAUAAAGUUCCAGCACUUCAACCCGGUCCUGGAAGCCUACAUCGCCAAUCACUUCAGUGCAACUCUUGCCUACGUGAAACUGGCGAAGGUGCUCAAUUACUACGUUUCAAAUGCUGAAAACUCGGAGAAAACGGACCUACUUUUUGCGGCGCUGAAAGCAAUGAAAUACCUUUUCCGAUUCAUAAUCCAGUCGCGGAAAUUGUACCUGAGGAUUUAUGGGAGCGGGAAGGACGACAAUGAGUUUAAUGAGUCCAUCCGAAAACUGUUCCUCUCGUUCAACUCGCUGAUGGACAGACCGCUGGAGGAAUCCGUGAAGAUUAAGGGGGCUGCAUUAAAAUAUCUCCCGACCAUCGUUAACCACGUGAUGCUCGUGUUCGACCCCGUGGAGCUGAGUGUUCUCUACACCAAAUUUAUCCAGAGUAUCCCCGACAACCAGCUGGUACGUCAGAAGCUGAACUGCAUGAGCAAGAUCGUGGAGAGCGAACUCUUCAGGCAGCCCGACUGCCGGGACGUCCUGCUGCCUCUCAUCAUCGACCAGCUCAGCGGACAGCUCGACGACAGCUCCAGCCGGCCCGACCACGAGGCCUGUGCUGGGCUGCUCAGCAGCACCCUGGAGAUGCUGGACAGGGACGACAUCGGGCCACAGAAAGUCCACGUUCAGCUGCUCAUGGAGAGGCUCCUGAGACGCAUCAACCGUACCGUCAUCGGGAUAAACCGUCAGUCUGGCCUCAUUGGAUCUUUUGUUGCCUGUAUGAUAGCAGUGCUGAAGCAGAUGGACGACUACCACUAUACGCAUUACAUCAACACGUUCAAGACCCGGCACGAUAUCAUAGACUUCCUGAUGGAGACCUUCAUUAUGUUUAAGGAUCUUAUUGGGAAGAAUGUCUACCCUUCGGACUGGAUGGUGAUGAACAUGGUCCAGAACAGGGUCUUCCUACGAGCUGUCAAUCAGUUUGCUGCUGUCCUGAACAAGCUCUUCCUAGACCCGGCAAACUUUGAGUUGCAGCUCUGGAACAACUACUUCCAUCUGGCAAUCGCCUUCCUCGUGCAUGACUCCCUGCAACUGGAGAACUUCUCGAGUGAGAAACGGAACAAGAUCAUCAACAAGUAUGGAGACAUGAGAAAGGAGAUUGGGUUCAAAAUUAGGGACAUGUGGUAUAACCUCGGUCCCCACAAGAUUAAGUUCAUCCCGGGGAUGGUGGGGCCGAUCUUGGAGAUGACUCUGGUCCCGGAGCCGGAGCUCAGGAGAGCCACAAUUCCCAUCUUCUUCGACAUGAUGCAGUGCGAAUUCAGCGUCCACAGGUGCUUCCAUGCUUUUGAGAACGAGCUGAUCACCAAACUGGACCAGGAAGUGGAAGGAGGCCGGGGAGACGAGAUGUACAAAGUCCUCCUGGAGAAAAUCCUGUUGGAGCACUGCCGAAAGCACAAGUACCUGGCGGUGUCGGGAGAAGCCUUUGUCCUGCUGGUGACCAGCCUGCUGGAGAACCUGCUCGACUACAGGACCAUCAUGCACGAUGAAAGCAAGGAGAACCAGAUGAGCUGCACCGUCAAUGUGCUGAAUUUCUACAAGGAGAAGAAGCGGGAGGACAUCUACAUCAGGUAUCUGUACAAACUGCGGGAUCUUCAUCGCGACUGUGAGAAUUACACUGAGGCUGCCUACACACUGCUCCUUCACGCAGAGUUGCUCCAGUGGUCCGACCAGCCCUGCGCCGCUCACCUCAUCCACAGGGAGGACUACCAGGUCCUGACCAACCGUGAGCUGAAGGAGAAGCUGUACCAGGAGAUCAUCCACUACUUCGACAGGGGCAAGAUGUGGGAGAGUGCCAUCAGGCUGAGCAAGGAGCUAGCUGCCAUGUACGAGAACGAGGUCUUCGAAUAUGAGGAGCUGAGCCACCUCCUGAAGCAGCAGGCGAACUUUUACGAGAACAUCAUGCAGGCGAUGAGACCCCCUCCUGAGUACUUCGCCGUUGGCUUUUAUGGACAGGGAUUCCCCUCUUUCCUGCGGAACAAGAUGUUCAUUUACCGGGGGAAGGAGUAUGAACGUUACGAGGACUUCCGACUGAAGCUGGCCACACAGUUCCCCAACGCAGAGAAGAUGACCAGUACGUCCCCACCCAGCGAGCAGCUGAAGAACUCGCCCCAGCAGUAUGUCCAGUGUUUCACCGUGAAGCCGGUUCUCGAUCUCCCAUUACAGUACAAGGACAAGCCCGUUCCAGAGCAGAUCUUAAACUUCUACCGGGCCAACGAGGUUCAGCAGUUCCAGUAUUCCCGGCCAUUUCACCAAGGAGAGAAGGAUCCCGACAACGAAUUUGCGACUAUGUGGAUUGAACGAGUGACAUACACCACAGUGUACAAGUUCCCCGGUAUUCUGCAGUGGUUCGAGGUGAAGACUGCCACAGUGGAGGAGAUCAGCCCACUGGGGAACGCCAUCGAGACUAUGGAGCAGGCCAACGAGAAGAUCAGUAACAUGGUGCAGCAGUACGCCUGGGACCGUUCUCUGCCUGCCCACCCCCUCUCCAUGCUCCUCAACGGCAUCGUCGACGCAGCGGUGAUGGGUGGAUUCGCAAACUACGAGAAGGCCUUCUUCAGUUCCAAGUAUAUUCAGGAACACCCUGAAGACCAGGAGAAGAUCGACACCCUGAAGCAACUCAUUGCCUUACAGAUCCCGUUGUUGGCUGAGGGAAUCCGAAUUCACGGGGAGAAAUCCACAGAGGAGUUGAGGCCGCUGCACGACUGGAUCGUGUCCUGCUUCCGGGAGCUGAAGGAGAAAGUUCAAAAGCUGUACGGCGUGAUAACCCUGCCGCCGUCUCUCACCGACAGGAAACGGAGCAGGUCAGGAUCCAUGAUCCUUCCUUAUAUAAUGUCGUCCACACUCCGCCGCCUCUCUACCAUCUCAAUGGCCUCGUCGGUGGUGUCCAGCUCGUCUACGUCGUCGGACAGUGUCUCGUCUAGACCAGCCUCCAACGGGUCUGUCCUGGAUCCGCUCCUGGAGCGAAGGCCUUCGACACUCUCCCGGCCGGACGACGGCCUGGACAGAGAGGACCUCGAUGGUCGAGUGAGCAAGGCCAAGAGGAAGGAGAAGAACCUCAGUAAAUCUCAGGUCAUCUUUGAGAAGGAGCCAAGGAGCGAGCUCUCCCCUGACAAAGUCUGUUCUUCAGAAGUAAUUUCGCCCCUGAGAGCACAGCGACCCAAGAGCCUUCAGGUUGGUGAUAAGCGUCUGCCUACAUUCCAGAUCUUCUCGCAACUGACCCUGUCCCCAUCGCAGGGCACGACACCCGCUACCACAAAGAACCCGAGUCAGCCGCUGCUCCAGACUGGCUCAGAGGCGAUGCCCAGCCCUGGCGAGACAACCAGCCCGCCACCACCUCCUCCCAAGAGCAAACCCUGUGAGAAUGGAAGUCAACGCGAUUCCCUAAAGCCUGCUCCACCACUUCCCGAGAAGAACUCCCCGCGGCCCCCGCCUCCGCCUCCAAAAGCCCGACAAUCUCAAGCGACCUUCCCGCACGGAUACCCGUACCUCCCAGGAGCCGAGUAGCCGGUGCUGGUCAGGAUUUCCGCCGCAGAUCGCCGCCGCCCCUCCCUGGCGCGGGGGCGAAGGGAGGGAGGGAUCUUUGUGGACGAGGUCUCCGUCUGGGAUGUGCGGCGUCCCGGCGAAGGCAGAGCCGGGCUCAGAUGGAGCAAGAGUAUAACAGGAGCUUGGCUCGCCCUCGGCGGCUGGAGUUCACUGGAAUCCGUGCUCUUGGAGGGGGUCCUCACUCUCCCGGUCGGACGUCCACGCCGUUGUGGUGCUGCGCGAGCCAACGUUCCUCAAUUCCCACACUCCACUUCCCCUGGGCGUCUCGACCGCGGACAACCUCAAGUGUCGCCCAGACAAGCCCAGCAGCUGAUUCUACACUGAAACCACUUGCCACCUUGGCACAAGGUCCCCUGAGCCAGGGGUACAGACAAAAACACAGAGAGGAGAGAAUUCCACCCCCCCCCCCAGCACUAAGCACAGUUUUCAUAACAGGGUUGGGGCAGGGGAGGUUAAAAAGCCCAAUAUAACAUGCUGCUGAUAUAGAAACAAUAUCCUAACGGAAGACAUAACUGGAAAAAGGAAAAAAUAAAGAUCAAACAGAAAUCAAAGGAGUAAUCCCGGAAAGGGGUGACUAUAAUGUCAGUAUUUCAUUACACAUUCUUUCUUCCUACAAGUAUGAAAUAUGAUUAGCAACGCACUCUUCAUGUUGUAUAUUAAGCGCAAAAGAGGGAAAUUAACUUUAAUUUAAGGUUCCUAACAUUUGAAUAUAAGAUUAUUAUCUGAGAGGACCAAGUUUACAUAAUUCUGUGACGACAUUUCUAAUCCCCAGUAGAGUUCCUGACUGCAUUGGGGCUGGUUGGUGCACGACUGGAGAUGCUGAGAACACCCAAAAUCCAGGUGUGGGUAGAUGGAACUAGGCUGGAAAACAGGAAAGCAAGGGUUUGAUGGGCCAAAGGAUCUGUUUGUGUGCUAUAUGACUCUGAUCUCACAUUAUAUUCACUUUGCUGAGCUAGUGGUGAGUAAGGACAGUCGCUGGAGGUGACAGGUUGGGUUUGGAUGAUGGCUGAUCCCUGUGACGAUCUCAAUGACCUGGGAUAUCACCGUCUUCCCAUUACAGCACUGGGCUACUGCUUGGACAACCCCUCCUCCUGACCACCUGCAUAGUCACUGGCGGUCUCCCCUUCUCUCCCAAGGUCCAUUAGACAUCUCUAGACCUCCAAUCUCACUGUUCUCCAAAUUUAACAAUCCCAGAAACGUUCCAAACUCAUUGGCUCCAUUUGUUCUUUCUGAUCUCUCUAUCUCUCUAUCUCUCUAUCUCUCUCUCUCUAUCUCUAUCUCUCUCUCUAUCUCUCUAUCUCUAUCUCUCUAUCUCUCUAUCUCUCUCUCUAUCUCUCUCUAUCUCUCUCUCACUUGUUAGAGCACAACGCUUUACGGUACCGGCAACCCAAGUUCAGUUCCCGGCGUCGCUUGUACGUUCUCCCCGUGACCGCGCGGGUUUCCUCCAGGUGCUCCGGUUUCCUCCCAGAGUCCAAACUCGUACUGAUUGCUAGAUUCAUUGGUCAUUCUCCCAUAACUAGGCUCAGAUUAAAUUGGGGGAUUGCUGGCCAGCACAGCUCAAAGGGCUGAAGGGCCUAUUCCGCUCUGUAUCUCAAUAAAUAAAUAAAUGACAAACACAAGAAAAUCUGCAGCUGCUGCAAAUUCCUCCUCAACACACACAAAAUGCUGGAGGAACUCAGCAGGCCAGGCAGCAUCUAUGGAAAAAGGUACAGUUAACAUUUUGGACUGAGACCCUUCAGCAAAAAUAAAUAAAUUGAUUGUUUGGGAUUUCUAACCUAGUUUUCCAAUGUAAUAAUCCCUAUUUUUUCCCCUCCUAGGUUAAUUCUAUUUUAGUUUGAGAUACAGAACACUGAACAGUAAAGCACAGUACAGGCCCUUUGGCCCACAAGGUUCUUCUAACCCACCCCAAGAUCAACCGAACCCUUCUCUCCCCCACAGCACUUUACAAGACGGGUGACCCCAGCCAUUAUCAAUACUCUUCAGAGAUUGUCUGCCUGGCGUCAGUGGUCGCACAACCAGGACUUGUGAUCUGUGCCGGCUGCUUCCAUGGUCUCACAUGGUGGAGAGGGGUGGGGGAGCUAAGCAGGUGCUUAGGAGGGAGGGAAGGGGCUCAGUACCUCUUUUGGUAGGGACACAUCUCCCCCGCCACCCAAAAAGCUUCCGCCUCCUUCCUAUAGUGAAGCGACCAGAACUGAACACAAUACUACACGUGUGGUCUAACCAGAACUUAAUACUCAAUUCCCUGACUGAUGAAGGCCAACACCACACACCUUCUAACCACCCUUUCAACCUGCACAGCAACAUUGAGGAAUCUAUAGAUGUGAACCUCUAGAUCUGUCUGUUCCUACACACUGCUCAGAAUCCUGCCACGGUGAAGUUGCGAAGUGUGGUCAUUAGUUUGAGGAUCCGAGGGUGCAGAUUUAAGACAAACGAUAUGAGAAAAAGGUAGACUGCUCUCUAGCUCACAGACAGAUGGGACCACACAGUCCUCAAAGUUAUUAUCAAAGUAUACGUCACCAUAUACAACCCUGAGAUUCAUUUUCUUGCUGAGAUUUAAUGGAAAAUAAAGAAGCACAAUAGAAUUUCUCACCCCAACUAUUUCAGGUGUAUAUCUUGCUGCUACAGGGUCCCAAACUGGAAUGGGAGUGUCUUGCAAGGGAGCGUCCAGCUGAGGACGUUACUGUGUGGGUCGCUUGGUGUUCGCUGGAAUAAGCUUCCGUUUCUAAAACUGCAAAUGAAAAAUCAAACUACAACCCUGCAGAUGCUGGAAAUCUGAACUAAACAGAAAAUGCUGACAACACUCAGCAUGUCGGGCAGCAGCUGUAGAGGGAGAACACUGCAAGGCAAAGAUCUUUUGCUGGAGAGAUUCCUAGCCCUUACAAAGAGUUUCCUCUCUACAGAUGCUGCCCAACCUGCUGAAUUUUCCCAUUAUUUUCUAUUUCUAACCAAUCCUUGUCGCGCCUAUCCCGGAGACAUGUGACUGAGAAUUAAGAUUGGAAAGUUCAGACCAAAUUAAAAGUGGCAUAUCAUAGCUCUUCAAAUAUGGCAUUCAGAAUUUUUUUUAAAACUUGAUUUCUUUUAAUCCUUAACAUGCACUCCCAGUGUAAAGUUUGUAAAUAUAACUGAUUUUUAAAAUAAAUGUCAUUAUUGAAAUGAGUGCAUUUGUACUGAGCUCAACCAUAACGAAGUGAGUCUUUUGAUUGAAUUCUAAACCAAUGCUCUUGUGCUCAUUAUUAAAUAUGAUGUGUUUACCAAGCUGGCUCUUUGGCAGUCUGUUCUGGAGAAGUGAGGUGCAAGGCUGAGUGAGGACGCAGACGAACACUCGCUAUCUGCGUGAACCACAGACCACGAGGACCUGACUGCUUGCUACAUGCUUUGUCCCCCAAUUUAGUGGUAGCAUUGCAGAACGGAGAAUCUUGGAAGUUUUGUGAGAAGAUUCAAGUUUGUUUAUUGCCAUUCGUCAGU